AUGUUCCCACCAGAAGAAUGUUCAAAACCUUACGACGUUGAAGAGCCCGUAACAAUCCUGAACCAGUUCUGCUCCUUGUUCUAUAACAAGAUAACAAUCACAGCAAUCGAGCAGAUUAACGGUCUCGCUGGGGGCUACUCACAACUUGAUAUAAAAGGUCGACGCUCAUCAGUGGCAAACCUCCGCUUCACCAUGAAGAAGUCACACAGCUUCUCAGAGAAGAGUUAUCGAAAGGAAACCAUUUUCCAGAUAAUGUACAUCGUCUACCCUGUCCUCGCCCUUGUCGGCGUGCUCGGUAAUUUACUGACAAUCGUCAUCCUGUCCAGAGGAAACUGUGGACUCUCCAAAUGUAUCACUUACUAUCUCGUCGCCAUGGCAGCAGCAGAUCUGGUGGUGGUUGUUGCUGAUGUGAUAUUAACUCGGAUGAAUUUCCUCUUCUACCCUGUUUGCUUCCUGGAUCUCACGUACAUCUGCGCCGUGGGCACAAGUGUGCAGUGUGUGGCUGCGGACUGCUCGGCCUGGCUGACUAUCGCCUUCACCUUUGAUCGUUUUGUGGCCAUUUGCUACCCGAGGGCCAACGCCACAUAUUCCAGCAAGAGGACGGCUGCCGUGGUGAUUGGGGCAAUCUGGGCAGUGAGCUGUGCGACCAACAUGCCCUGGUACCUGGCCAUCGAGCCGUUGUUGGUGAUCGGAAACAUGUCUUGGUUCUGCAAAGCUAAGGAGAGCUUCUACACUUCCCUCGGGUGGGCCAUGUUCAACUGGAUCGACAUCAUCCUGACCCCAUUUAUUCCAUUCUUCCUGAUUUUAGCCCUCAAUACUCUGACUGUCAGCACAUUGUGGCCGCUAACAAAGUUCGCAGAAUUUCAUGCUGUUUGGAGCGCAUACGUUGUCUACAUCAUCUAUGGGCAAACUGUCAAUUAUUACUACACAGAUUACAACCAUCCGAUCUACAUCCUCUAUCACACAGCCAUAAUGCUCCAGCUUUCAAACAGCGCCACAAACACGUGCGUUUACGCCGUGACGCAGACGAAAUUCAGAGAAGAGGUGAAGAAGGCAGUGAAAUACCCCUUCGUUUUGAUGAUGAAACAGUUUUCACAGACAGGUCUAUUUGCCAAGGCCCCUCACGUGAGGAUCGGGUUGAUUAAGCACCUGGUACUCAGUAAACCUGGUACGCAACAUUGUAAUUUCGACCUUGAGAACACUACAAUGACUCUCAAGUCAUAA